AUGCGGAGGGCCGGCAGCCUGCAAGCGCCGCCAAGAUCGCGGCCUGACCCCGACCCUCCCUAUGAUGCGACGGCAGGGUGGAGGAGAGGUGCCAUGGACCAGCGCCCUGUCUACACAACGACGGUGACCACAUCUACACAGCCGCCGUUAGGGUUCGCGGGGCCUUCGACGAACCGGGGGCCGCAAAGGUCAGCACCCUUGGGGAUGACACCGUGGGCACCGCCGGGGUAUGGGGGGCCACCCAUUCGAUCCAGCCAGCCAUCGGCUUGGGAUUAUCCGGCGUAUCGCCAAGAGAGCCGCCACGGCGAGCAACACACGGCUUGGGACCUUCCGUCAGGAGAACGGGAAUUGAGACAGUAUUCGGAGCCUAUGCGGCACGAUCAGCAGCGAUACGAGAGGCCGCGUUAUGAGAAGAUGAAGCCACCUCGUUUUAAUGGGUCAGAGGCUGUUAAUUGGAUUUCCAGGGUACAAUACUACUUUAACCAUAUGAGGACACCAGAGGAGCACCGAUUGCAUUACGUGGUCAUGAUGUUUGAGGGCCCGGCAUCGGAGUGGAUAUUUAACUACCGGGAUAAUAAUCCGAAUGCAAACUGGGCAGACUUCUUGGAGGACGUGAGGCGGCGGUUCGACCCCCAGUGUUUUCAGAAUUUUAUUGGGUUAAUUGCGAAGUUGUGUCAGACGGGCUCCUUGGCGGAGUAUAACGCAACGUUCGAGACCAUGCUUAAUCGGGUUAGAGGGGUGCCGGAGUACAUUCUCCUGCCUAUUUAUGUGGAGGGUUUGACGCAACCGGUGAAGAAUCAAGUGCGUCUUCAACACCCAGCCUCGGUGGCAGCCGCCAUGGCCUUAGCUGUGGAGUGUGACAGCUGUAUCGAUCGACCACCCCCGGCAGGGGGCUCUCAGCGACGUUCUGGGGGCCGUUAUGAGCCCAGACAGACCGGCCAGCCACAGCAGUUGACAUUACCAUCCAACCAGCAGCCCCAGGUUACACGACCCCCCCAGCAGAAGUUCUUGGAGUUUUCAAAACUCCCGGUCAUUCGGUUGUCCCAGGCGGAGAAGGCAGAAAGAUCGCGUUUGGGGUUAUGUUGGUGGUGCCCGGAGAAGUGGGUAGCGGGCCACAAUUGUCGGGGGCGAUUCUUGGUUUACAUGGGCGCGGAUGGUGACUCGGAGGACGAGAGUGAGGAGGACGAGGUCCCUCAGGAUUCACAGAUUAUCGCAGCGGACAUAUCUCAUAUCUACGCAUUGGAAGGUCGGCAGAAGGCGGACGCGAUCGAUGUGAUCGGUUCGGUAGGGUCGAUGGAGGUUCGGAUAUUGGUGAACACAUGUAGCUCGCACGAUUUCCUCCAUCCUCGCGUGGCAGAGCAUCUCGCCCUGCCCCUACAUAAAGUUCGCCCCUUCAGGGUGUAUGUGGGCAAUGGAGAGUCCCUUCUCUGCUCCUGGGUUAGCAAACAAACGAGAAUCGUCAUUCAGAAGCAUGUGUUUCUAGUGGAUCUGCACAUCCUGCCGGUUCAUGGGCCGGACAUUAUCUUGGGGAGGGCAUGGCUGAAAUCCCUUCGUCGGGUGACCAACGACUUCGACACGGAUACGUUGGAGUUUGUGAGGAAUGGCGAGCACAUUCGGCUGAAGUUGGUGCCACCAAUGGCCCAACACGUUUCGCUGCGACAGUUUGCGACCUUACUUACAUUGCAGGGCGUCGGAGAAGUAUUUGAGUUGGUUCAUCUGCCGCACCAGCAGCCGCAUGACGAGGCAGCAGCAGACCCGCCCUCUUUCCCGGAGGACCUCCCGGAGGAGAUCUUGGCGAUAUUAAGGUCGCACAUCGGGGUGUUUGGAGUGCCAUCGGGGAUGCCUCCGAAGCGCAUUUUUGAUCACCGGAUUCAUUUACUUCCACAGACAAAGCCAGUAAACGUCCGGCCAUGCAGGUAUCCGUACUUCCAGAAAACGGAGAUCGAACGCCAAGUCAAGGAGAUGCUUGAUUCGGGUAUCAUUCGCCCGAGCCAGAGCCCUUUCUCCUCGCCAGUUUUGCUCAUACGGAAGAAGGACGGGUCGUUCCGUUUUGAUUACAGAGCACUAAAUGCAGCUACUGUGCCGGAUAACUUUCCGAUUCCGACCACAGAUGAGUUAUUCGAUGAAUUGGGGGCGGCGAGAUUCUUCUCCAAAUUGGAUCUGAGAUCGGGAUAUCACCAGAUACGGAUGUGCGAAGGUGAUGUAUAUAAAACGGCUUUCCGUACCCAUGACGGGCACUUUGAGUUCUUGGUUAUGCCGUUCGGGCUGACGAACGCUCCAUCUACAUUCCAGGCGGCAAUGAACGCUCUCUUCCGGCCAUUCUUGCGACAGUUUGUUAUCGUUUUCUUCGAUGACAUCUUGAUUUACAGCCCGACGUUGCCGGCUCAUGUGCGCCAUCUGAACGAGGUUUUAUCGAUUCUUAGAGCGAAUCAAUUUUUUGUGAAGCUUUCGAAGUGCACCUUCGCGUGUACUACGGUCGAGUACUUGGGCCAUAUCAUUGCGGAUGGUCACCUAAAGGCGGAUUCAACUAAAAUUGAUGCGAUGAUGUCGUGCCCGGUCCCCACGACUGUCAAACAACUGCGGGGUUUCUUGGGUCUGACGGGGUACUACAGACGUUUUGUGGAGCAUUAUGUGUCCAUCGCUGGUCCGCUUACUGACCUGUUGAAGAAGGACGCCUUUGUGUGGUCCCCCACAGCGGCGACGAGUUUUGAGGCGUUAAAGGCAGCAAUGUCGUCAGCCCCGGUCCUUCGCCUCCCAGAUUUCGCGAGGACGUUUUACUUGGAAACGGAUGCGUCGGAUUUCGGGAUAGGGGCGGUGCUGCUUCAGGACGGACACCCCUUGGCUUUUUUCAGUAAGAAAUUGGGUCCGAAGCGACGCGUGUCAUCCACGUACCAUAAGGAGCUAUACGCCAUUGUCGAGGCGGUUCAAAAAUGGCGUCAAUAUUUGCUGGGUCGAGAAUUUGUGAUUCGGAGUGACCAAAAGAGUUUGAAGGAGUUAUUGCAACAAAUAAUCCAGACACCGGAUCAACAGUUCUAUGUCCGGAAAUUGAUGGGGUAUAAGUUCCGAAUUGAGUAUAAGACGGGGGUAUCGAACAGGGUGGCUGAUGCGUUAUCAAGAAGAGAUGUGGAGGAGACGCCGGGGCCGCAUGCGAUGCCCGCCGACUUGGCCCUGACCGACGACCCAGGUGAUGCGGCGGGCCUACUAAUGGCGAUCUCUAGCCCAGUUCCCGACCUGCUGGCGGUGUUGCGCAGCGAGGUGCAGUCCUCUGCAGAUCUGAUCGCGCUCCAGGAAGCGUGGAAAUUAGGGACUGCUGACCCGGGGGUAUCUAUGUCGGAUGGGUUGCUGUAUUUCAAGCGCCGCAUCUAUGUGAGCCGGGAUUCAACGGUGAAGGAGCUGCUGUUGCACGAGUAUCAUGCGUCGCCAACCGCAGGCCACCCAGGGGUGGAUCGCACAUUUAAACGGCUCGCAACAGGGUUUUAUUGGAAGGGCAUGCGGAAGGAGGUGAAGAACUUCGUGAAUGCUUGCUAUGAAUGCCAAACGACGAAAUAUUCUACACAGAAGCCGGCGGGCUUAUUGCAGCCCCUUCCGAUCCCAUCCCGCGUUUGGGAAGAUGUGUCGAUGGAUUUCAUCACGGGCCUGCCACAAUCUAGGGGGUACACGGCUAUUUUAGUGGCGGUAGAUCGCCUCACAAAGUAA